AUGCUUAACAGAACGGCGCUACUGGAAUUCUUUGGCUUUGACGCCAAGGAAGAAACCCUCCGAACCACUAUAAACGAGAAUUUUUACAAGUCUAACUUUACAUACAACACCGACUUUGAUUUAAGUAAUCAAUAUUUAUCCAUUGGUAGGUCGGCUGACUAUUCCAUAUUUGUUUAGAGGAUGAUUUCUCGAAUCUCAAACAAAAACCCCUGGGUUCUCGCCCACGCUCAUCGAUUGGGGAAGCCCUCGUUAAUAAUCUGCUGGUCUUGUUUUCAUCCUUGCUUCUUAUAAUAACGUUGCCCUUUUCGUUAGUUUUUUGUUUAAAGGUGAGGAAAGCCCAGUGUAAUAUACAAAUGUUCAGUUCUGCGCAAGUUAUGAGAAGAUCGUUGUUCUCCGCCUCGGCCUACCCCAUAAAAUUCAUGGAAAUGGGGGUCUUUUAGUGCUUCCAUUUAUCGAUAAGGUACAUUGUAUUGACGUCAGAACAAAAAACGUUGAAUUGCCUGAAUUGAAUGUUAUCACCGCUGAUAAGGGAAUCAUCUCCAUCAAGGUAGUCGUCUUCUAUCAAGUUAGUGAUCCCUUGGCGUUGGUAUGCACGUUGAAAGAUAAAGAUGACGUGAGUUUCAUUCGUUUACGGUUAGCUUUUUAAUGUUUAGGCGAUCAAAGAUAUUGCGCAAACAACGUUACACAAUAAGGUGUCAAAGAGUACAGUGGCUGAUAUUGCAAAUUCUAGAAGUUUGGAUCGUAUUCUGGAGUACGUAAAUGAUACUUUAAAAAAGUUUGUUGUUGACACCGGAAUCGUUAUGUCAGAUCUGAAGGUAUUAGACGCGAAGGUGGUUAAGGAGCCAGAUAACACGACAUUGAAUACAUUCCAUCAGAUUAUGAAAAGUGAUGCCGGGAAACAAAUGUUUGGGAUGAUUGGAGAAGCCGUGAAAGAAACAUUAGGACAGGAUCUGCUCUCAGGUUUUCAGCCGCAGCCGCCUUUGAAUGAUACAUUUAAUAUGACGCCGCAGUGUCUUCCGAAGGCCGGUCCUUCAAAUACAAACCCAGGUUUUAAUCGAAUAAUCUCUAAAAUCUCAAUGUGUUGUGAUAGCAGUCUGGUGUCAAAAGUGGGAAGGCGCUACAGAAUAGUAUGUGAUUGUAGUGGGUCUGUCGAGAUUGCUGAAUUGGAUCUGUGUCAUGGUGCUGGCAGUAUCUCUGUUAAUGCCAGCCAGCAUUUUAAUCCUCACGUUACUAUUAGUCUUGCUUUACAAACUCUCAAUGAUCUCAUAACUGGUGAUCUCAGCCCUUUAACCGCUUAUCUAAAUGGAUCCGUUAAGAUUGAAGGGUGCAUGGAAGAUGUGAUUACUCUAAAAUUUCUAUCCGAAAAAGCUCGUGAUUUAAAGUUGAAUUAA